UUGUGGGCGGACCAAGAUGGCGGCGUCCAUGGGCCGCGAUGGCGCUGAGCCGCCGCCGCCCAAUGUUUACUAUUUUCGGGAUGCGAAGGCGGCGACGGACCCGGUGUUCGAGCUGGGGGAGGGCCGGCUGCCGCUGGUGGUGGACAACGGGUCGUUCCAGUGCCGGGCCGACUGGGCGGCGGCGACGGAGCGGGCACCGCGGCUGCUCUUCAGGAACAUGGCGGCGCGGGGCCGGGGGGCGGCGCGCAGCGACACGCAGGUCGGCAACGACAUCGGCAACGUCGAGCUCGUCCGCUGGCUCCUCAAGAGCCAGUUCGACAGGAACGUGGUGGUCAACCUCGACAUACAGGAGCACAUCUUCGACCACAUCUUCCAGCACUUCGGCAUCGCCUCCCAGAGUCGUGUGGAACAUCCAGUCGUUCUAACAGAAGCUCCGUGUAAUCCACUGUAUUCCCGACAGUUAAUGUCUGAACUCCUCUUCGAGUGUUACCACGUUCCCAAAGUGUCGUAUGGAAUUGACAAUCUCUACAGCUUUUGGCGAAAUAAUAAAGCAAACUCCACUGGACUGAUCGUUUCCUCUGGGUACCAUUGCUGUCAUAUUUUGCCAGUGCUGAAUGGCAGGUUGGAUGCCUGUAACAGUAAAAGGAUUAAUCUUGGUGGAAGCCAAGCAGCGUCGUACAUGCAACGCUUGCUGCAGCUCAAAUACCCUGGACAUUUACCGGCCAUCACGCUCAGCAGAGUGGAGGAAAUUCUCCAUGAACACUGCUACAUUGCAGGCGACUACAUGGAAGAACUCGGCCUGUGGAAGCUCCCGGAUUUCUAUGAGAAGAACAUUCACAGGAUGCAGUUGCCCUUCAACAACAAGCUACUGGCUAGCACUUUGACGGUGGAGGAGAAGAUGGAACGGCGGCAACAGCAGAUUCGCAGACUGCAGGAGCUCAACGCUCGUCGCAGGGAGGAGAAGCUUCAGCUCGACCAGGAGAAGCUAGAGAGACUGCUCAGCAUCCAGGAGCUUCUAGAAGAAGGCAUGAUGGACCGAUUCAAGCGUGCACUGCUGGAAAUGAACAUGGAUUCUGCAGAGGAGCUGCAGUCGUACAUUAACAAGCUUAGCCUGGUCAUUGAGCAGACCAAGCACAGGAUACUGCAGGCAGAGGUGAAUGUGGAGGUGGAUGUUGUCGACACAAAACCAGACGUUUCUGAUCUGGAUCAGGUAUUGAAUUGCGACCAGUCAAUGGAUGACUUGGAAGGAGUCAAUGAUCUGGAACAGCUUUUCCCUGAAUAUCAGAGUGAUUUUGGAAAGCAAACCAAUGUUGUUCAGCCAAUUGGACAGAUGUUCAACCUUGCAGAAUAUCAUCAGCUGCAUCUGGGAAGUGAGCGCAUCCGGGUCCCUGAAGUUAUGUUCCAGCCAUCUCUGAUAGGAGAGGAACAGUCUGGCAUCGCCGAAACAAUACAGUAUGUUCUGGACAGAUACACAAAGCAACAACAAGACGAACUUGUACAAAAUGUAUUCCUUACUGGCGGAAACAUUCUAUAUCCUGGGAUGAAGACGCGGAUGGAGAGGGAGCUUCUUGCCAUGAGGCCAUUUCGGUCGUCGUUCCAGGUGGCCCUUGCUUCCAAUCCUGUUCUAGAUGCCUGGUUUGGUGCAAGAGACUGGGCUAUUGAGCACAUCGAUCAAGCUGAGGGCUGGAUCACACUGGCAGACUAUGAAGAGAAGGGGGGAGAGUACUUGAGUGAACACGCUGCUUCUAAUGUUUAUGUACCGAUGAACCUUACAAAACCAGUGCUAUUGCACUGACAAGUUAAAGGAUUUGAAGACAUUCAGUUCUGACCUGGCUUUUGCAUAAAAUGAGAGACAUAUAUUUUAAAUUGAAGCCAACUUAAGUGUAUUGCAAGUUAAAUACACGGCUCGAUGUUCUUUUUAUAUGAGAGACAUUUAUUUUCUGCUGUAAAGACUGGACGAACUGCAUUACAGAAUUUAAAAAUUGAGAUUAUAUUGUUCUUCAGGCU